AUGUCACAACCAAUGCAAAACGGCGCACAGGCUGCGCCUUCUACUACCACUAUCCGGCGUGAUACAAAACAAUCAGUUGGUACCAAAGAAAGUUCCCCACCCAAUAACGGCCCGGAUGGAGAGCCGUAUCUUCCUGGGCACCAGAGGCUCGUCUUUACCGAUCCUGUCGCGCUCCGAUACCUUGAAGAAGACCCUUUGACAAUUGUGUUGCAUCGGCGCCUAAUUCUCCAGGGCUAUGAGAUAUACAUCGUGGAGCAAUGGGCUUGCUCCAGGAUCCACCCUACUUUUAUUAUCACUACCUACACAGGAGACCCUUCGCACAAGGUGGUGGCUGGGUUGCUAAGCGUUCCCAAGGAUGAGUCAACAUGGUCCCCCCGCUUAAAAUUAUACUGCGAAGCAGUUACCGAAUACCAAGCACGCAAGAAAGAGACCCCAUUUGGUACUCUGAUGGUUACUGAUUUGAGCACUUUUCCGUCAGCUCUUACUGUCAUACCUGUGCCUGAUGGCGAUAUUCACAAGCACAAGGAUGAUUUUAUCGUGAAUGAAAACUUAAAACGGCUCAAUUGUUCAGGCCGGGCCGGCUUAAAAUUACAACCACCCACAGCCGCAACUGAAGCCAAAUUCCACCAUCUUUACCGGACAAGUGAGAGAGUCCCGCUCUAUUCGGCCGUUAUAGAGCUUGUGAAGCAGUGCCAGAUCGCCUUGAUGAUGUUUGGUAAUUUAGAGCCAGAGUAUGUUGAUGGAAUUCUAUGUGACGUGACGGAGGCAGCAAUUAGCGACUGGUGGACAGAAAUUGGCAUGGACCUAUACAAUAUUGAACCCAGCGAUGGUGUUCUGGGACCAACUACCGUGGCUGCUCUGUUGGGGACGCUCAUGGGAGCCCGGAAUCGUCUUCACGCUUUUGGUGCUCCGGUUGGAAAAGAUGCCUUUGAUAUCUCCAACUUGAAAAGAGGGAUUAGUAGUUUCCAGAAGUCCCAGAAGUUGAAACGGACCCGAAGACUAGACCGUCAAACAUUGGACCGGCUUCAUCGAGUCACUGCAAAGGCUGCGAAUGCAGAGGGGUGGACAGAUGCCGUGAAGUCGACUAUGGCCGAGCUGAGCGGACAUGGGGGCGAGAUGGUGAUGGGCAUGGUGCGGGGUCGGGAAAAGGGCGGUAUUGCCGAUAUUGAAACUCUAGAUGUGGACAACCUUGCACACUUGGUUACGGGCGAACGGGCAAAAUGGCUCUGGAGAGGAAAACCACGCAAGUGCGGGGUCGACAAUAGCUCUCCAGGUAGGCGCUCAGCUUCAAGCAUGAUGUUUACUACAGAUGACCAAGGGGGAUAUCUGUGGACGAGUCGAAAACGAAACUCACACGACGAUAUAAUAGCCGAGCGCUCUUAUCAGGUGCCAGAUCGUUCAGGAAGACAAUUAGAGCUAGUCAACACGCUUGAAGACAAAGAGCAGAACCUGGGUAGACUGGUACGACGAGGCGUCAGUGGAAAAGUGUCAGAUGCAAGAAUAGGAUUCGGCAGAUUCAAAGACGCAGUGGGUUUACGGUCAAACCCUCAGAAGACAAAGGAUGAUAUGGAUGUCGUUGGUGACGCAGCUUACCUUCCUCCGUUAGAAGGCGACACUGAAAUGGUCCCCACGAAAGUAGCUUCCGAUGGCGGUCGCCAACUCGCACCUGAAAGUAUUCCUGAUAGCGAGGUAGCAGCCCAAACUGAUGAAUUGACCGCCGAAACACCGCUUAACAACCUUUUACCGAAAUCAUCCGAUGCUAAACCUCCAGCCAUAACGAUCGAACCGGUAACAUCCAGCGAACCCUCCGAGCCCCCGCGGAAGGUGUCUUUAGCCCGGACAGAUGAAGAAUCACAAGAUCUAGAAAGGUGGAAGUCACGGUCGAUCGAUGUGCCUGCUGAACAAGAUCAGGCGUCGGAGUUCGGCAUCAUGUCAUUGCGCCGGCCGCAAAGCUGUGCCGGUCUUUACCGGGCAGACGAUAUUGGGCAUUUAGAUAAUUACUGGCCUCGUCAUCUGUCUUUCAGCACCAUCGAGGAGGUUGUCUUGGGAUGGGAAGAUUUGAAGGGAAAGGCUGGCGACUCUGAGAAACCCGAUGCCAGCUUGGAGGAAGCUAUCGCCGAGGAGGAUAUGCUAGUGUGCGACGCGCGAAUAUUCAACUCCAGAGUUCAAGGCCUACGCGAAGACACCGUUCCUUGGGUCGAAAGACAAGUUGAUUCAGUCGAUGAUCUGAACCGAAUCCUAUACGAGAUGCACGAAAGAGUCAAUACAUCAUACAUGAAGAGAUUGAAUCAAUACCAGGGGAUUAGAGAGAGAUCCAGUGAUCUCAUGUCGGAAGAGCAUUCUUCACUCACGGACAACAUGAGACGAGUCGAGAUGAUGAGCGCGAAAUUAGACUACGAACUUAACGUUUUGGGUUCCAAGAUCGAAGAUGUUGAGACUGGUCUAGGGGAGUUCGAGAGACACGUUGAUGAGAUAGAAACAAGGGUUAAGACUCUAAUUCGUGGUGAAGAGGAGAGACAAAGUUGCUCUUGGCUUUCGUGGCUAGGAAGGUUUACGGGGCUUUCGUAA